CAGUUGGUCCAGAAAGAAAUUCCCCCUCGCUCGUGCCGAACAUAUACUUUGUUCCGAGACACAUCGAUAGUUCCGAAGUCAAAACUCAUUAACCAAAGACACUCCCUAGGACAAUACAAUCUGACGAGACCGAACACAAGAUUAGACAUCUCUCUUGGAUGAUGAUCGUCUCCUACAUCUGAUCCGAAGAGGAUCGAGCUCACCGGUGAUUACAAUGGGGUUCAAGUUCAACCUGAACGCAUCGUGUCGUUCCACCACGACGUACGCCUCUUACUUUGCAUGGUGUUUGUCUUACCAGCCACCACCGCUCGGUUACCACCGCACGCCUCGCGGCGUGUCCGCCAUGUUCGCCGCCAUAAUGCUCGGUGGACUGGCCUUGGGACUACUCGCUCCUACCAUGCUCGCGUUCAUCAAGUCAACAGCUUCCAAAAUCUUCCGCAAACCCACCACGACAGCCAAGAGAGAGACAAACAACCCCGACGUGGCAAUGAGCAGCGGCGACGCGCCGGCACCGGCUGGCGAGGAGUACGAGGUGUUCUUGAGCUUCAGGGGACCUGACACUCGCACCGGGUUCACCGAUUGCCUCUACCACGACAUGCUCGGUGCCGGAAUCCGCGUCUACCGAGACGACGAGGAGCUCCGCAUCGGCAGGGAGAUCGGCGGAGAGCUCAUGCGGGCGCUCGACGUGUCCAAGAUCUAUGCGCCCAUCUUCUCCAGGGACUACGCGUCGAGCCCGUGGUGCCUCCGCGAGGUCACCCACAUGGUGGACUGCGCUGCGAGGUCGAACAGGAAUAAGGAAAUAUUGCCGGUGUUCUACGACGUGUCGCCUUCUGAUGUGAAGCUCAGGACUGGGCUGUACAGGAAUGCCAUGGCCAAGCACAGGAAGAAGUUUGGGGCUGAGGAAGUGAAUAGGUGGGAGGAUCCUCUGGUGGAAGUUGCUGAAUUGAAGGGAUGGGACCUCAAAGCUAGAGGCUAA